AUGCGAGCGCACAUCGCCUCGAACGCGGCAUUUAAUUCCGAGGAGCGCACCGAGCGGCCCGCGAUUGCUCGCUGCUUCGGCCCGCACGGCACUGCUUCGCUCCGCGGCGGCCGCAGGAAUUUCGCCUUCGGUGCGGUGCGCUCGGAGCGGGCGGGCAAACGGGAGCGGCAGCCACGGCACAGCCGUUCGUUGCUCGGAAUUCAGCGGCACUCGGUAACGGUUCGGGCUUCCGAUCAAAUUCAUACUAACGAUAAUAACAAUAACAAAUCUACGUUCGAUUCGCUCCAGACGCCGUAUUUCCAGUAUAGGCGUAGGGAUCGGAUUAUCAGAACCAAAGUUCAGCAACCUUUCCACCCAACACCAGACGGGAGCGGGACAGGUGUGGCUGCGCCAGGACAUACUAUCGUGCCCAGCACAGCAUCCCCUCCCGUCUCCAGUGCCUCCAAUGAUCCAGUGGGCUCUUACUCCAUUAACGGGAUCCUGGGGAUUCCUCGGUCGAAUGGCGAGAAGAGGAAACGUGAUGAAGAUGUAUCCGAGGGCUCCGUUCCCAACGGAGACUCCCAGAGCAGCGUGGACAGUUUGCGGAAGCACCUUCGUGGCGACACUUUCACCCAGCAGCAGCUGGAAGCUUUAGAUCGAGUUUUUGAGCGUCCUUCUUACCCUGACGUCUUUCAAACAUCAGAGCACAUCAAAUCUGAGCAGGGUAAUGAGUACUCCCUCCCAGCUCUGACCCCUGGUCUCGAUGAAGUCAAAUCAAGUCUAUCCACCUCUGCUAACCCAGACCUGGGGACAAAUGUGUCAGGACCCCAGACGUACCCUGUGGUGACCGAAAACCUCUCCUCUCCCCUCAGUAUAAAGCAAGAGCCUCAUGGAGCCUCUCUCACCCCUUUCACCCCCACCACGCCGGUCGGCUCUGGGCAGGCUGAGCUUCAGCCCUUCCACAUGACCCUUUCAGACGAUGCGUCCACGCCUUGCUACAGUGCCUUCCUUCAUCAUGGUGCCCACUUUGGGCAGUCCAGCAGCCAGCCUCUGAUAGCAGGUCGUGAUAUGGCAAGCACCACCUUGCCUGGCUACCCACCCCAUGUUCCCCCAACUGGACAAGGCAGCUACCCAACCUCAACUCUGGCAGGAAUGGUUCCUGGGAGCGAGUUCUCAGGGAACCCCUACAGCCACCCUCAGUACACAACCUACAAUGAGGCCUGGCGAUUCAGCAACCCUGCAUUACUAAGUUCCCCUUAUUAUUAUAGUGCCACAUCCCGGGGCUCCGCACCUCCCACUGCUGCCGCUGCCUAUGACCGCCACUAGCUACCAUGGAAACCACAUGAAACUGCAGGGUGACAGCUUAGGCCUCCAUAUUGUACCUGUCUGACCCAUCCCUCCACCC